AUGGCUACAGCAGGACCCCCCAGGACGUGGAUGGUCGGUGCCCUGAUCACAGCUCUGAUUCUGGGGGUGAGAGAGCCCGUUCUCGCAAACGAUGUUACCUCUUGCGACAACCCCUCUGACGCCGGCGCGCGGCCCUCUGGGAGCACGCGGGACCUUGGAGCUGGGGCCCGGGAGGACACCAGGGCAGACGAAGGCAGCAGCAGCCGCAUCGUGAACGGGACCGACUGCGAGAAGCUCGGCCAGCCUUGGCAGGGUGCACUGUUGAUGCAUCCCAACCAGCUCUACUGUGGGGCCGUGCUGGUGCAUCCGCAGUGGCUGCUCACCGCCGCCCACUGCCGGAAGCAAUUUUUCAGAAUCCGUCUCGGCCACCAUUCCCUGUCACCCGUUUAUGAAUCUGGGCAGCAGAUGUUCCAGGGGAUCAAAACCAUCCCCCAUCCUGGCUACUCCCAUCCCGGCCACUCCAAUGACCUCAUGCUCAUCAAACUGAACAGAAGAAUCCGCGAAACUCAGUAUGUUAAGCCCAUCAACAUCUCCUCCCGGUGUCCGUCUGCUGGAACCAGAUGCUUGGUAUCUGGCUGGGGAACAACCAGCAGCCCCAGCAUUAAAUUCCCCAAGGUCCUCCAGUGCUUGAACAUCACCGUGCUAAGUAUCGACAGGUGCAAGGAGGCCUAUCCAAGACAGAUAGAUUCCACAAUGUUCUGUGCUGGUGACAAGGCUGGCAGAGACUCCUGCCAGGGUGAUUCUGGGGGGCCUGUGGUUUGCAAUGGCUCCCUACAGGGCCUCGUGUCCUGGGGAGACUUUCCCUGUGCCCAGCCCAACAGACCCGGCGUCUACACCAACCUCUGCCAAUUCACCAAGUGGAUCCAGGACACCAUCCGGUCCAACUCAUGA